ACGCUUACUUGCUCCCACUCAGUGACUCAGCAACUCCCCUCGGUUUAUUGGGACUGGCCCCAGUACAUAUGGUCAAAAUCGUUGAUCUGAAGCACAAUGGACCUUGGAAAAUGGUGUUCUUCCGACAGAAUCAACAAGGAUUAAUGGUUGACUCACCUCAUCCAUGGUGAUCUUCGUAUUGUCAGCCCCAGAGAUUUACGGCCCCGUGCAUUUUAUCCGGCCUUGCUGUAUGUUCUGUCAAAAGGACUCGGAAGGGAACACGAAGGUGUAUUGUUUCUCGGGAGUGUGACGCAGUUGAGAACGGGAGCAUGGGAGUUAUGCAACAAACUUUACCAGGGUACGUCCACGGGUUCGCUACAAAAAAAGGUCAAACUGUUGCAAUUGUAUAAAAGUCAAAAAUGAACUCUUACGUCGGUUUACACAUGCCCGAGGUACAGUUGAACUGGAAAGGGUACAUUAUUCACUCUCAGUUAUUGCUAAUAUCGUCCGGAUAGCAUUGGGAAAGGAGUUAAGCACGUCAUACUGCGCUCGCCAUACUUCUCCUCAAUCGGACGUGCUUUUCCCUUUGUGAACGUUUGAACCGCAGGAUAAACUUUCUCAUUUGUCACUCCCUCUGAGGAAUUCCGGUUCUUGUGCACAAGCGAAAGAUCAAUCUCACAGCCUUUAAAAGCCUUCUAUAUGGACCUUCUGAGGAUACGUUUACAAGUAGCAAAUGACCGAUCUCACAGCUUUAAAUGCGGGCGGGGCUUACGGAAUUCCUCUUUAGACAAAGAUAAAAGGCGACCUUCCUUUAUACAGAUUCUCAACGAACAAAUAUGUUCAUUCCAAUCGCCCUUACAGCUGUAUUACUCGUUCCUCUUUAUAUCGUCCUCAAGAGAGUCUUUGGAUCACACCCACUCGACAGGAUCCCAGGACCCAAGAGCCCGUCAUGGCGGAAUGGCCAUUUUGACGAGAUUUUUGGGAUCAAUGGGCUUGAUUUCCAUUUCAUGAUGGCGAAGAAAUAUGGUCCCACUUCCUCCUUCAAGUCUGUCUACGGUGAACGACAACUUUACACGUUCGACCCCAAAGCCAUGCAUCACAUUCUUGUCAAGGACCAAGGAAUUCUAUUUGAAGAGACACCAUCUUUCAUUGGGUCGCUUAAUCUGAUGUUCGGUGGUGGAAUUCUCGGAAGUCUCGGGGAACCGCAUCGAAGACAACGCAAGAUGUUAAAUCCCGUGUUUUCGAUUGCUCACAUGCGAGGCAUGGUUCCGAUCUUUUACGAAGUAACUCAUAAACUCCGGAAGACUCUCGCCGCGAAGGUUCAGGAUGGCCCUCAGGAGAUUGAUAUGUUAUCCUGGAUGGGACGUACUGCACUCGAGCUCAUCGGCCAGUCUGGAUUUGGAUAUUCGUUCGAUGAUUUGAACGACGAGGAACACGCACAUCCAUACGUUGAAGCCAUAAAAGGGAUGGUGCCACUUUUCGGCCGGAAUCAAUUUGCUCGGAUGUAUAUUCUACCCUAUAUUUCCAACUUCGGUACACCCGCUAUACGCCGCUUCAUUGCCCGUUUUCUCCCUUGGAAAGAUUUCCAGGAAGGAAAGGGCAUGGCUGACUAUAUGUGGGCGCUGUCAAAGGAGAUUUAUGAGGAAAAGAAGAACGCUGCAAACCGUCUUGGGAAAGAGCUGAGCGGUAAGGAUAUCCUCAGUGUUCUCGUUGCGGAGAACGAGAAGGCGUCCGAAGAGGAUCGUCUUGGAGAUGAUGAGGUAAUCGCCCAGAUGUCGACCUUGAUUUUUGCAGCAAUGGACACUACCUCGAACGCUCUCUCUCGCAUUCUCUCGCUGCUCGCGACUCACCCAGAAGUCCAAGCGAAGCUUAGAGAAGAACUCAAUGACGCGUUUCAGGAUGGUGAUAUCCCAUACGAUCAACUAGUGUCCUUGCCGUACCUUGACGCUAUUGCACGGGAGACCCUGAGGGUAUAUCCACCCCUUCAUCGGCUUCUGCGAACAACCCUGAAGGAUGCUAUUCUUCCUCUCUCGAACCCAGUCACCUGCACAGACGGAACCGUGGUCAAUGAGAUAGCUCUGCCACGAAAUACGGACAUAUUCAUUUCGCUCGUGAAUUCGAAUAGAAACAAGGCCCUCUGGGGGGACGAUGCGGAUGAAUGGAAGCCUGAAAGAUGGCUAUCACCUCUGCCGAAGGACGUGGUCGAUGCUAAGAUUCCGGGAGUGUAUUCGCAUCUGAUGACCUUUAACGCUGGAGGACGCUCGUGCAUUGGAUUCAAGUUUUCGCAGCUCGAGAUGAAGGUGGUUCUUGCCCUGCUCAUCCAAAACUUCGAGUUUUCGGAUGCUGGCAAAGAGAUUUUUUGGCGAUCUACUGGCAUCGCAUCACCGGUCGUGGUAGGUUCUGAGUUGGGAGACCUCGCACGCCAUCAUCCCAGGAUGCCAUUGAUGGUGAAACUCGUCGAGAAGGAUAUCUGAAUCCUGUCGGCACCUUCAAUAAGUCAAUAAUUAAUUGUAGAUUGUCUAGUAUAUUAGGGUAGAUCGAGCUUUAUUCACGUCUAAUUCAAUUUUUAU